UCCGUUCGCGAAUGUUGGCGGGUCUAUUUUUGCGCCGGAGGAGGCUUCAGCUUUCGCUAUGAGCACGUGCUCGGUUUCCAAGGGCUGCUUUGUAUUCAAGCCAAAUUCUAACAAGAGGAAAAGGUCUUCAGCAGCUGACUAUUUCAGUAAGGGAAACAAUGACUUGGAUAAUAGUGAGUUACGACUUGAUACUUGCCUGUUGUUAUGGAAACAAAUUAAAUCUGAAACAGCGCAACUACAAGAUGACUUGAAUAAGAACCUAUUUGAUAACCUCAUAAAAUUUCUGAGACAAUCUCAUUUAGAUUUCAAGGAAAAGAAAGCAGAGUGGAUGUGUCGGAUGAAGUCCAAUGAAAUUCCUACUGCAGCUGUUGUUCUAGGUGUGAAUGUUACAGACCAUGAACUAACAAUUAAAAGUCUAUCUGAGGUUCUUCGAGAUGAUGUUACUCCUUUUGUGGUGUCACUGAAGGCCAAAGAAUGUCCAGGCAUAAAGCAGCUGCUACAAAAGCUGAUUAUACAGCUCAUGGGUUGUGAUACAGAGGUGGAUUCAUCUGAGGAAGAAGAAUGUGCCAAGGAUUUGCCCAGACGGGUACGCUGCUCUGUAGCAUCGCUUAUCGAUUGGUAUAAGAACGUAAUCAAAAAAACGGAUACUGAAUCUCCAUGUAAGAAGAGAACAUUUUCAUCCAGACACUGGGAAACUCCUCCAGUUGUUAUUAUUUUCAAGGAUAUGGAAAGUUUCACAACCAAAGUUUUGCAGGAUUUCAUAAUUAUGAGCAGUCAUUGUAUACGUGAAUUUCCACUGGUCCUUAUUUUUGGAAUUGCUACAUCUCCGAUGAUCAUCCAUAAGCUGCUUCCUCACACAGUGUCCUCUUUGUUAUGUAUAGAACUUUUCCAGUCUCUUUCUUCCAAAGAACAUUUAACUAAAGUGAUUGAUAAGCUACUUCUGACGAGUCAAUUCCCAUUCAAAAUUAGUGAGAAGGUUCUGCAUGUGCUGACAAACAUAUUUUUGUACCAUGACUUCUCCGUCCAUAAUUUUGUCAAAGGAUUUCAGCUGUCUCUGCUGGAGCAUUUUUAUUCACACCCUCUCAGUGUGCUAUGUUGCGAAGUGCAAGAAUCUGAGAAAAGAGUACAACUUUUAUCACAUAAGCAGUUUGAAAAUAUUCGAAGGUUGCCAUCUUUUAGAAGGUUUGUUGAAAGCCAGGAAGUAGAGAAGCAGGCUGCAUUGCUGACAGAUGACGAAUGUUUAAAGGAAACAGUACAAGCAUUGCUAAAAAAUCUCUAUAGUUACCAUGAAAAUUAUUUCCCAAUUUUGCGGUGUCUUCAUGCUUUCACGUCUUCUCUUCCAAAGUAUCCAUUAGGCAAACAAAUCAGAGAGCUGUAUUGUGCAUGUUUGGAAAAAAGCAUAUGGGAAAGAGAGGAAUAUGAGUCUGCCAUGCAGCUGGUGAGGAUGUUGGCCAAGGAUGAAUUGGUGGCUAUUCUUGAAAAAUGUGUGGACAUUCUUAUAUCCUCUUCUGUAAAGUGUCUUAGAAAGACUUUAGAAAAAUUGGAGAAAUAUGUGCAUCUACUUAAUAAUCUUGAAGAAGCCAGUGGUGAUCAAGAAAAAUCCAUAUCCUCACUGGAGGAGCUUAAGAAGAAAACAGAUCUGUAUCAUCUUCAAAAGACUUUGUUGGAGAUGAAAGAGUCAAGGAGAGUAAAGAAACUAACAACAUUUGAAAUACUCCGUUUUGAAAUUGUUGACUUUAUAGAUGGCCUUGUGAGGAAUUACCUUGCACCUGCAGAGAUGCAAACACUACAUGAGGUGAUGUAUUUCAGUGCAGCUAAUACCCUCCAAGAGCAUUUAAAUGCCACCCCACGUGCUGCUCUUCACACUGCUCUCAACAAUCCAUACUUUUAUCUGAAGGAUGACUCCUUGCAAUGUGAUGCAGAAUCCCUUUCUGGUGCAGCUCCUGAUAUUUGUAUAGCAUACAAGCUGCAUUUGGAGUGUGGCAGAUUGAUUAACCUGGUUGACUGGCUGGAGGCCUUUUCAACAGUUGUAACUGCAGUUGGAAAUACAGAUUCCACAAUCAAAAACCAGACAGAUGACAUUAUCCAUGCUCGGUUCAUUAGAGCAGUAUCAGAACUGGAAUUUUUGGGAUUCAUAAAACCCACAAAACAGAAAACGGAUCACGUGGCAAGACUGACAUGGGGUAAUUGUUAAUAAGAAAGGAUUCUGUAAUAGCGAAAAUAAUAUCCACUGUAAUGGCAUAAAUAAAAUAUACAAAAUGACUUCCUGGAUUAUCCAUAUACAUUUCAACAUGUAGCUGACCUUGGUUCACCUGUUUUAUUCACUGUUUUCAAUUUAUUUGCUACCUUCCGUCUAUCAAGGCAGCAAUUUAGAUCACUCACACUUCAAAAAUGCAGGCUUCCUUUUAGUUGACAGCUGGGUUGCAAGCACUUCAAAAGUGCACACUUCCAGACUUGGAAGAAAGGCACUAGAAAAAAUUGCUCAUUUAAAUCAGUUUAACCUUCAAUGAGUAGAUUCCUUAAUGCCACAGUGCCUUCUUUUUUCAUCAAUCUUGUAGGGAAAAAAAAUCCGAGUGCUGCUUUAUAUAUCACAUUUUCCAUACUUCUUGCCACAUUUUUUUAGUUAAAUUAGAAUGUUUCAUUCAUAAUAGAACUGCAACCUUAGAAUCAAUUUUUUGCUACUGUAUCAUUUACACAUUCCACCUGUUCUCUGAACAUUUUUGGCUUUCAUGCAGGCUCCCAAUUUUAUCUCAACAAUAAUUCUAUAGAAAGGAUUGCAAGGGGAUGAAUUGGCCCAAUGUAAUAUGGUAAGCUUCAUGUAAAUUGUGAGAAUUUCAACUUAAGCCUUCCAGGUCCAAUUUAGAAUAGUAAGCACCACAUAACACUACUAUUGUUCUUCUUUGAACUAUUUUCAGUUUUGUUAAAGACAAACUGACAUUCUCAAACUAAUGAUUUUGGAAUGUGGGAGGGCCUCUCAAUAAACCUAUUAUCCCAAAUAUAAAUAUGCAAACACAUUUUUGCAAGAGACAGACACUGCAACUAUUUGCAAGACGUGUAAAGCAAAUUGCCAAUAAUGCACAAAGGCGGCUUUCUUCACCAUCCCAUAGGGAGGUUUCCACUUGCAAGACUACCAACUGUUCACGAACACUGCUGCAGGAGAAGAACAGACUUGGCAUUUCAGCAUGUAAACACUUUAAUUAAGGUACUAUAUUCCAGUGAACCUCCAUCUGUGCCCCUCAUCCCCAUAUUAAAUACAUGUUUUUACAUCACUUUCCAAAGAGCUCAGAGCAAUUUUCUUAUAGUUCAGAGACCUUAGGGAAUCAAAAGUACUUAAUCUUAGCAGCAGUGAACUACACCAUGUGCUGUAAGUCCGUUCUGUGGCAAGGUAUGUCCGAUUGCUUAAUACUCUCGCCCCUUUAGUUUUUCAAAGGCUCAAAGCCAACAAUCCAGUGCAAAUGUACAGUGGAAGUAUAUUAAAAUCCAUGAAUCAAAAUGGCAGUUUCUGUAAUAGAAAUCUUGUUAAAAUUACAUAUGUGCCCAGAAGAAUACGAACUACUUGCUUAGAAUAAAGAAUGUUUCAAAGCAGAGAGGUGAAUAGAUGGAUAUUUAAAUACAAGAUGCCUGCAGAUUUCAUGUAAAACAUGAAUGUUAACAUGAGAAUAUAAUUUGAAUGCUUUUGUAGUGAUUUCAGUAGCAGCAGCACUGUAAAAAGUCAAUAAGAGUCACGUAAGAGUGAAAAAUAGUUCAAAAGGUCUAAUCUAGUUUUCUUUAUCCAUAUAAAAAGCAACUUCUUUACAAUCUUGCAGCUGCAAGUAAGAAAAUCUGGUAACUCCCUAGAAAAAGGCUCACACAUUGAAUUCAGUUACAGUAACAGAAGUAAAAACAAAUUAUCUGUUAAAUAAGGUGUGAAUGGGAACAUGGUUCUUUUUAAAUGUGGAAAAAAAGCCACUGAGAUAAACACAGGCAAUUUUCUCCAACCUCAAAUUGCUUCCAAAGCAAUGAAAUUUUCAAUACCUUCAAUCUGGGAUGAAGAAAGUUUCUAAAAACAUAAAAAGUAGUUGCUCCUUAAGAUAUACUGCUUCAGAAAGCAUCUUAGCUAACCUCACAUUUCUGAGUGUCAAAAAAUAUUAUUCAGACAUAUUAUGUAAGGUAUGCCUUUGAGGAGUAGAACAUGAAGAGAUUACAACUGCUUCACCCAUAAUUUCUGCCAGCCUCACUUGCAGGAAAGUGGCUGCCUACAGAAAAAAAAAACACCACUCCUUCAGUAUCAGUGAAGGCUUUGCUAACAGUUUAGAAGCUUAAUUGACUACAGGAGGUUCUCCAGUGAAGAAUUCACUUUUCUAAAUAGGAGGAAUGAAGGUAGCAUGCCCAUACCCUCUUCGCUCAUAUAACUUAUUACGUUAAAGGAAUGCUUGAUGAGGACCAAAAUUACCUACAAAAUCUCAAAUUAGUCCUACACAUGCCAGUCAACCUUAACAAAGCUUUCUAGAACAUUCGUAUCUAUACCUUUCUUUUUGAACUAUUAGCUAAUAAAUAUUAAACAUAGAUUUAUUUAGUACACUCACAUCUAUUUUAUUUGAAUGAUGGCAAAAAUGCCACUUAUAUAGGUAAAAACACAGGUUAGAAGUAAAUGUUUUAUUCUUUCAACUAAAUUCCAGUACUACAAGGGCAGUAAAACAAUGAUACACUGAAAAAUUGCAGCAAUAAACAUUUGUUAAAGACUGAUAGAAUAAAUAAAACCUACAAAAAUGAGAACUUAUAUAAACCCAUUCUUAACCCCCCAAAAAAGUCAUGG